AUGGACCGAGCAGCUCUUAACAAGAAACCAUGCGAGGUUUUCGAUAUUAUCGGUGGAACUAGCACCGGUGGAUUGAUUGCUAUUAUGCUAGGCCGACUGAAGAUGACUGUCCAGGAAUGCCUCGACGCAUAUGAUUCAGUGAUGAAAGAUGUCUUUGGUUCCGGCUGGUUACGUACCCACAUUGGAAAACCAUUGGACUAUCUUACAAAGGGCGAAUUUUACUCCGCUGAACAGCUGGAAAAGGUAAUCAAAGAUCUGCUUCGCAAGAGAUUACCAACAGGCCAGAAUGCAGAGGAUGCUGCACUGCUUGAUGAUGCAAGUCCUUGCAAAAUACUUUUGAUGGCAACACGCGAAGAGUCUGCCAGCAACCGCGGACCUGUCUUCCUCCGCUCUUAUGCGAAUGAACAAACUGCUCCGGACCCCGACCUAUCCAAAAUCAAGUUGUGGGAGGCUGCUCGCGCCACGUCCGCGGCUCCCGGAUAUUUCCAACCAACUCAAGUUGGCAGAGUGAAACUCGUAGACGGUGGUCUACUAGCUAACAAUCCACUAGGAUGGCUUUGGACUGAAAUUCUCAGUGUUUACGGCCCAACUCGUGAGACCGACUGCUUCCUCAGUAUUGGCACCGGAAUGGGUGCCAACGCAGCCGUCGCUCAACCAGGCCUCGAUUUCAAGAAAGCAAUGCUGAGCUUUGCGAAUAUUGCAACCAAUACGGAAAGCACCAAUCUCCUUUUCCGAGCACUUGUUGAUGCAUUUGCACCUCACGCCCAGACGAAGAAGUAUUAUCGGCUGAACGUCAGCAAGGAACUUGCUGAGCCAAAAGACACCGAAAGGAUUCUGGGCUGGCUAGUGGGAGAUAAAAAUUUGAAGGGUGUACUAAACAACUUUGAAGAUCCAGGGUCCCUUGAUGACGUGGAUGCCAUUCUAAAAUUGAAGGAAUGGACGACAGAAUGGAUCAAAGCGCAACAAGAGAUUAUCAAAUCUUGCAGCGAGGCACUUGCGAGGAAUCUUUGA